GUACAUGGUGGAUGCUGCUGACCAGGAGAAGAUAGAGGCCUCCAAGAAUGAACUGCACAACCUGCUGGACAAGCCACAGCUCCAGGGCAUCCCGGUCCUAGUCCUGGGGAACAAGCGAGACCUGCCGGGUGCCUUGGAUGAGAAGGAGCUCAUUGAGAAGAUGAACCUCUCUGCCAUCCAGGACCGAGAGAUCUGUUGCUAUUCCAUUUCCUGCAAAGAGAAGGACAACAUCGACAUCACCCUACAGUGGCUUAUCCAGCACUCGAAGUCGAGGAGGGGCGCCGGGGGGCGGGAGGAUGCCGUU